AUGAGGCAGUAUAUGGAGCAGACCGUGCUCAAAACCCUGCAGCAGGACCGUACUCGCCAAAUCAGCAGCAUGGAAUUCUAUUACCCUUCAGGUCAACUGCGAGCCGAUCCGGAAAACUGGAACAAAGACGACGACACGCGUGCCUGGGGUCAUGGAGACCCAGAAACAGAGCAUAUCCAAGGUCUUGAAGAGUCCGUUCAAUAUGUCUCUGAUAUCCUUGAGAGACAUGGACCUUUUACCGGGAUCAUGGGGUUUUCAACAGGCGCCGCCUUGGCUUCUAUUGUUACCUCCCUUCUUGAAAAGAGGAGAUCGAUCUGCAACUUCAAUAUGACACGAGAUCACCCCUCGAUGGAGUUUGCUAUUUGCAUGAGUGGUUUUCAGCUAGCACACCCUGAGUAUGCGCCGAUAUACUAUCCCAAGAUCAAAACUCCAAUACUUCAUGUCAUGGGAUGUUUAGAUCCAAUGAUUGAUCCGUCCCGGUCCUUACGGCUAGCAAAGAAGUGUGUUAACACUGAGAUUUACCAAUUCUGGGGGACUCAUUAUGUUCCUCGAACGCGAGACUUCCUGAAAGUUUUUGGUCGAUUUGUUGAAGGGAUUCUGAUUGGCAGAGAUGAUGAGAAUGAUUGGGAAUCAUACGAGUGA